GAGAAUGAGGCAGAGAUGGACAGAGAAACACACUGUUGCAGAAUAGUAAUAAGGAGAGAAAGAGAUGCUGUUCAAGUUUGAACUAGAUCUAAACCCGCAGCCUUUGAUGAACGGAAUAAAGGAUAUCGACAUGGCACUAAAGCUCAAUAACUAGUUAUGGUGCAUCCAUUAUCUGACUUAAUCGAUUUUUGAAGGGUGAAGAAAAUGUUCAACAGUUGAACAGCACUUACUGUUUCUUCAUAUCCAAGGCACACAAUGUCUGACCAUGAGGAUCUGAGCAAAGCUAUGGGCCAUUGGAACGCCUCAGACAACUACCAGCUGAAUGCAGCUAGCGUUAUUGUGUCCGUAGUGUUUUCACUCAUCUUCCUGCUGGGCACUGUGGGGAACAGCCUGGUGCUUGCUGUUCUUCUACGCAGCGGACAGCUCAGCUACAACACCACCAACCUGUUCAUCCUCAACCUCAGCGUGGCUGACUUCUUCUUCAUCAUUUUCUGCGUGCCUUUCCAGGCAACCAUCUACUCACUGGAGGGCUGGGUAUUUGGCUCCUUCAUGUGCAAAGUGGUGCACUUCUUCAUCAACCUUACCAUGUACGCUAGUAGCUUCACCCUUGCUGCUGUCUCUGUUGAUAGAUAUUUGGCCAUUCGUUACCCACUGCGCUCAAGAGAAUUACGAACACCCUGUAAUGCGGUUGUUGCCAUGGUGAUCAUUUGGGGUCUGUCUCUUGUCUUUGCCGGCCCAUACUUGAGCUAUUAUGACCUGAUUGAUUUUGAAAACAGCAACGUUUGUGUUCCUGGUUGGGAGGAAUACAACCGCAAAGUGCUGGAUACCUGCACGUUUGUGUUUGGCUAUGUCAUCCCCGUGCUCAUCGUCAGCCUGUCUUAUACACGCACUAUUAAGUAUCUCUGGACAGCUGUGGACCCACUGGAUGGCAUGUCCGAAUCUAAGCGAGCCAAACGAAAAGUCACCAAGAUGAUCAUAAUCGUGACAGUGCUGUUUUGCAUUUGUUGGCUUCCCUACCACGUGGUCAUCCUGUGCUACUUGUAUGGCGAUUUCCCCUUCAACCAGACCACUUACGCAUUUAGGCUGCUCUCACACUGCAUGGCCUAUGCCAAUUCCUGCCUUAAUCCCAUUGUCUAUGCACUGGUUUCCAAGCACUUCCGCAAGGGCUUUAAGAAGGUGUUCAGCUGCAUUCUUAGCAAAAAGGGCCGCAACAAGGUGCACGUGGUGCAACUGGCUAACACUGUGCCUGGCUUUGAAGCUGCCUCCACCGAAGUAUCACAUAUGAACGAAGAGAACGGCAGACCGAAUGAGCGCGAGAUGGCUGACCGCCCCCUUACAGAGUCACAGGAGGCCACCAUGAACAAAACAUUACCUUGUCAGAAGCAACCAUAAGGAAUACAAUGGAUGGUUGCAGUUGUCAAAAAGGCAGUACUUUUCAUGCUGCAUAGUGUGAUGCAAUGCGCUACAGCUAAAGUACUGUUAACACUGAUUUUAUUCCGAAAAAAGAUAUGGCAUAAUAUAAAUACAUCGUAUCAUUAACUGCCAUCCCUUUGUGGCUUCAGCUUUAUUUUGUGGCACCAGCUGUUGUGGGGUUUAUUUCCGCAGAAUCUAUUAAUUAAUCUUAUUUAAGCUUACAACGAGGGAACUCUCAGAGCCUGGCAUUGAAUGUUCACGAUUCACACUCUAACUAUCAAACCUCAGACACACCUGGGUGCUCACAGCCUGAAGCCUAUGUUCCCUACCUUUCACUCUGAAUAUGUACCAGACCUGUAACAAAUAUUCUCACUCUCACACUCGCAUCUAUUUCUCUAUCAGUGGCACACACUCUUUCUAUAUGUCUCACUCCUUCUGCCAUUCUACUAAUAACACCUUCUUUCCAAGUAUUAGUGUUAUGCUCUCAUUCCAUCUGACUUUCUACCUGUAUUAAUAUAUUUGUCAUACAUUUUUCUACCUAAAUUUCAGCCUGGGUUUAUAUAACCUACAUCAAAUUUUGUCAAGUGAAGUAUUACCCAUCUGAAUUAAAUUUAAUUCCAUUUUAUUUGUACAGCAAAGGAAAACACUUCCUGAAAUGACAUGAGGAAGAAACCUUAAAAUACAGACUCAAAAGAGAACCUUUACCUGAACUGUGGCAUUAUAUAUAAUUCCCUUCUAUAACUGUGAACAAUAUGGCCAAGUGCAAUUGUGUAGCAAGGAAAACCAUUAUAUAUUUGUCAUGAAGUCUGUUUUGUUACACUUAUCUGUUUACUGAUGGAGCGUACAAAACUGUUAGAGCCAAUUGCAGUUCUAAAACUAUCAUAGUCCCAGUCAUUGUUGCAAAAUUGUUCAUUUUAUUUGCUUUACAUGGUACUAUCCACAGUAAUCUCAUGUAUCUUUAGUCUAUCCAUGUGAAGUCAUUCUCAUCAGUAGCAAGUGGUUUCCAAUUGAUGAGAAAUCCAAAAAGUCUUCGGCAUGCAGAACAAAGUUGACCAUGAUAUAAUCUUUCGCACUAGCACUAACAUCUGGUGCAAUACAAGCCUUACUGAAUUGUGA